AUGCCUUCGACAUAUGACGCAGCAGCCACCGCCAGUGGCCUUGUCGACGAACUCGCCUCUCAAAUCAAGGGAAAGGUUGUCCUCACUACUGGCGUUUCACCUGGGGCACGAAAUCCAGAAAAGGCGGAGAAAACCGCGGGAGUCGUCAAGGCAGCUCACCCCGAUGUCAAGACCAAAGUUCUCGAAUUGGAUCUCGGCUCGCUUGCUGCCGUGAGGAAGGCUGCCGCGACCGUCUUAUCGUGGGACGACGUGCCGUUCAUUGAUGUUCUCGCGAAUAAUGCCGGUAUCAUGGCUGUUAACUACGAGCUGCCACCUGAUGGAUAUGAGAGCCAAUUUGCCACGAACCACCUCGCUCACUUCCUCUUCACCGACCUUAUCAUUUACAAGGUCCUCGUCUCAAACGCGCCUCGAAUCGUUAAUGGGUCCGAGACGUACAAUAAGUGGAUUGCGGAUGGCCAGUCCAAGACCGCCAACAUGUUGUUUUCCCUCUCUGUCGCCGAGAAGCUCGGGAAGCGUGGUCUUCUAUCGUUCAGUCUGCAUCCGGGCGUCAUUGGCACGAACCUUUCCAACCACAUUGAAUGGGGAAGCGACUUUGCCGGUCUCCCGGCCGUUGAUCGCUCCCUUGGAAAUAAGGAGGGCUGGGCUGAGUUCAAGUGGAAGACCCCUGAUCAGGGCACUGCUACUCAUGUGUACGCGGCUUUCGAGCCGUCUUUGAAGUUUAACAACGGUGUCUACCUGUAG